CAACAUUAUCAUUUUUCAUUUCAUAAUAUUUACCGUUCGCGUACAGGCACGAACGAAUUAGUGGGUCUAAAAGUCUCUUUUCAUCAGAGCAGUUCGUUUGAACAUUUUCCAACCGAAGAAUCGUUGGGAUCAUUGUGUCAUCAUCCAACGCCAAAAAAACAGUUUUGGGAAACAGAGUGUACCAAACGAAUAUCAACGAUAUUUUUGUGAAUUUUUAACAAAAUUUUUCUUUUUUCCGACGAUUAGCGGCCAAUUUAUAAAAACACAAUGGUGCAAUCAGAAUUUGCAAAAUGUUUCUGCAUUCCGCAGCGUAUAAUCAUGUCGAUUAUGUGUUUUUUUGCGAUUGCAAUUGCGUAUGUAAUGCGUGUUUGUUUAUCGGUGGCAAUUACUGAAAUGGUAGCCAAAGUAAAUCACACCGAACAGGCGAGUACAUCCAAUCACAGCAUAUGCAUGGCUGAUCCAGUUCCAGCAGGAUCUCAUGUUGUGAGCCAUAGCGGUAGUGGUGAAUACCAUUGGAACCAAGAACAGCAAGGCUGGAUCUUAUCGUCAUUUUACAUUGGCUAUGUUUUAACGCACGUGCCUGGUGGUGUCAUUGCUGAACGAUAUGGAGGAAAGUGGACAUUAUCGCUUGGCAUUUUAUCAACAGCCAUUUUCACUCUUCUUACACCUCUAGCCGUUCAACACGGUGGAUAUAUUGCAUUGAUUGUUUUGCGUAUUUUGAUGGGUUUAGGCGAAGGCACAACAUUCCCCGCUUUGAGUGUUUUGCUCGCUUCGUGGGUGCCUGAAAAAGAAAGAAGUAAACUGGGUUCAUUUGUUUUUGGAGGUGGUCAGAUCGGAACAGUCGCCGGAAAUCUUUUGUCUGGUUUGAUUUUGCAUUCGUAUCCAUGGCCAUGGGUGUUCUACGUGUUUGGUAUUGUUUCGAUCGUUUGGUUUUUGAUUUUCACUGUGAUUUGCUACAGCAAUCCAGGUUCACAUCCAUUCAUUACAUCGGAGGAACGUGAGUAUCUUGAAGCUGAACUUGGUCAAUUAAAACGUCAGAAAAAUUUGCCACCAACUCCAUGGCUAUCAAUUAUCACGUCGGUACCAAUGAUUGCACUCGUAUGCGCCCAGAUUGGUCAUGAUUGGGGAUUCUAUAUUAUGGUAUCUGAUUUGCCAAAAUACAUGAGCGAAGUGUUGCAAUUUUCGAUAAAAGACAACGGAAUCUAUUCGUCAUUGCCGUACUUGGUUAUGUGGAUUGUUUCAGUGUCGACUGGAUGGCUCAGUGAUAUCUUGAUCGUUCGCAAUUGUCUUACAAUUACCGGUGCACGGAAGUGGUUUACGGCAAUUGCUGCCAUUUUCCCGGCCAUAUUCAUUGUAUUGGCUUCAUAUGCUGGAUGUAAUAAAUUUUUGGUUGUGGUUUGGUUUACAUUGGCUAUGGGUUUCAUGGGCACCUUCUAUCCGGGCAUGAAAGUAAAUCCAUUAGACUUGAGUCCGAACUACGCCGGAUCUAUAAUGGCUGUUACAAAUGGCAUUGGUGCAUUGACUGGUGUUGCCGCACCAGUUUUUGUUGGUAUUAUGACACCAAACUCAUCUCUAACCGAAUGGAGAAUCGUAUUUUGGGUAACCUUUGCCAUAUUCGUGGUUACCACUGUUAUUUACUCGACUUGGGCUUCUGGCGAAGUUCAACCAUGGAACACACCAAAAGGAUUUAAAUCGCCCGAAUACGGUAACAUGGAAAAUAACAACGAAACCGAUAAAACAACCAUCGAAUUUCAUCAAAAAAUACCUGAUCAAAAUUUCGCUAUAGUUUGUAGCAUGCCGAAUUUAUUGUUGAUACCACUGGACGUAUUCGAAGGUAAUAUUCAGACAAUGGAUAGUUCACACCAAUCAAAAUGUUCAGAGGUACCAAAGCGUGUAUUAACAGGCAUAAUGGGCUUCCUGGCGAUCGUUGUGUCAUUUUUGAUGCGAGGUUGUUUAUCGGUUGCAAUUACAGAAAUGGUGGUACCAUUGAAUCACACAGAUAAAGGCAAUGAGGCGAUUAUUUGCCCAGCUGACACUGAAUCCAUACAACACAACAUCAUUUCUACAUCGAGUGGAACGAGAUACAAUUGGUCACAAGAGGAACAAGGCUGGAUUUUAUCAUCGUUUUUUGUUGGGUAUUUAGUUACUCAUAUACCUAGCGCAAUUUUGGCUCAAAGGUUUGGUGCAAAGUGGGUUCUGGGUGGUGGUGUUUUGGCAGCAACAAUUUGCAAUGCAGCUACACCUCUCGGCGUCUAUUAUGGUGGGAUUUGGGCAUUGAUAACAUUAAGAGCUCUGAUGGGUGCAGCUAAUGGAACAAUGUAUCCAUCGUUAAGUGUUUUACUCUCAGCUUGGAUUCCCGAGAGAGAAAGAGGAAAAUUAGCGGCAUUUGUUCUGGGUGGUGCCCAAAUUGGAUUUCUCAUUUCGUUUUAUGUAUCAGCAAUAAUCCUAUCAUAUUUCUCGUGGCCUGUUGUUUUUUAUGUCUGGAGUUUUAUUGCUACGAUCUGGUUUAUAGUGUUUGCUAUUAUAUGUUCCAAUGACCCAGCGUCGCAUCCAUUCAUUUCAAAGGAAGAACUCGAUUAUUUGGAAACUGAAAUCGGUCAACUAAAGCGGCAUAAAAGCUUACCACCGACCCCGUGGGGAGACAUUUUAACAAGUGUGCCCAUAAUCGUGCUUAUUAUUGCCCAGGUCACCAGUGAUUACGUUUUUUAUGUUUUGGCUUCUGAUUUGCCGAAAUAUAUGAGAGAAGUUUUGGGAUUUUCAAUUCAAGACGUUGGUCUCUACUCUUCAUUGCCAUAUGCUUUAAUGUGGAUUGUGUCACUUGUGUCUGGUUUUCUGUGCGAUCAUUUAAUCAGCAGACAAUAUCUAACAGUUACACAAACGAGAAAAUUGUUUGCCUUUUUUGCUAGUGUAUUCCCUUCAGCGUGUGUCAUCGUCGGAUCAUACGCUGGAUGUAAUAAGACGUUUGUCGUUAUUUGGUUUGCCUUAGCUUUUGGAUUUAAUGGCAACUAUUACAGUAGCUUAAGAGUGAAUAUAUUGGACUUGAGUCCGAAUUAUUCCGGCUCUGUUAUGGCGGUUAUAAAUGGAAUAGCAGCAUUGUCGGGCAUAGCAGCGCCAACGUUCGUUGGAAUGAUGAUACCCGAUUCAACACUUGACCAAUGGAGACUGGUGUUCUGGGUUUCGUUUGGCAUCUCAAUGAUAAGAACCGUUAUAUAUACAACAUGGUCAUCCGCUGAAGUUCAACCAUGGAACGAACCAAAAGGAUUCAAAUCACCUGAAUCAGUCGAACUCACCAAAAAUAAUAACUUUGAAGAUCACAUAAUAAAAGAAAUCAUGGAAUAAACACAAAUACGACUAUUAAUGUAA